GCAGCCGCCAGCGCCCCCCUCGACAUGGCCCGUACCACAUUACACGGACAUGCACGGCACAGCAGCAUAGCCUCGACUAGUGCGACGAGGCAGGACAAUUCGAGCAACUCAGCUACUUUGACUGUCCACACUGGUAGGGGAGCGACCUCUCCCACUGGCUCCGUUGCAUCGUAUAUCGCACCCCGGCAUGGUCGCUCUGCUUCUCAGAUAUACUGGUCUCGCGAAUUCUCCACCACACCUUCGGCUCGCGCCGCGCUAGCCACACACCCACCUGCGCAACAGUGCAGGGUUACGUCUGCCCCGACAGCCGACGCGUUGGAAGAUCUAGAAGUUGAUGUCGAGCCAAUACCCGAAACCGAGGCGAAGAUCGGGCUCACGGAAAGGGCUGCCGAGCAACUGCGGAAGAUAAGUCAGCGAGAGAAAGUGGAUGAUGUUGCCCUCCGCAUUGCGGUGGAGGCAGGCGGGUGUCAUGGCUAUCAAUAUAAGAUGGACCUUGCCUAUUUAUCGGAGGGAAAGCAGCCGGAAGACUACGUCUUCGAGCAUCCUCAGGUCCGAUCCGCGCGGGUCGUAGUCGACGCAGUCUCUCUCGCAUUGUUGAAGGGAUCAACGAUAGACUAUGCGACCGAGUUGAUUGGGUCUUCGUUCCGUGUUGUGGACAAUCCGCAAGCCAAGGGCUCGGGAUGCGGUUGCGGGGUCAGUUGGGAGGCAAAGUUCUAAUGUAGUCGCAGAGGAUAUCUUCCGUAGGUAGUACGCACUCAUAAUACAUCUGUACUAUCC